UCAAUGGACAAUAAUAAUAAUAACAAUACAGUCAAUAAUAGUAAGAGUAUCAACUCUUCAGGCUACUUGGGAAAAAGUAUAGCCAAUAACAGCAUGACCUUCCUGUCGGCCACCAGGAACAACCCCAAACUCACAUUCAAACAACUGUUGCCAAUGAUAUCGACACUGUUCAUGGCAAUCGUCGUCACGACAAUGGUGAUCCUCACUCGCAACUACUCGGCCAACAACCUACCCAGCAUCACAGCACCCUAUGUAAUAGUUGAGGAUGAUCAACUACUGGAAGUUGCCUUCUCCUCAAGGAACUGGCUGCUGAGUGUCAACCCAACAAUCACAAAGUUGGACUUUACAGUGAUGGUGCUCAAUCCUGUUGGCUCAUGGUCAGUGGCCUCCUACAAUGGUGAUGUACUGGCCAAUGCAUCCAGUUGUGUAUACCUCCCAUUCCUUGCUGCUGCUGUUAAUUGGUGUCUAGGUGGCAAUCAAGAACCACAAUGUCUUCAACCGGCAACAGGACCAAUGAUGAAUGACUUUAGCUCAAUCUAUGCUGGUAUCAUUGUGGAUCGUAUAUCUGGAGCACCAAACACCAACAUUGAAGAGACCAACUCAACAGCCUUUACCACAUGGAUGCACAAGCGUAGAUAUGUUGAGAACUUCCUCGAAGAGAAUGGUCUACUUGGCAAUCAAAGCAUCUUUAACAAGAUAUAUCCUUCAAACUCUGGUCCAGUCGCUGCCUACACUGAAGCUUUGGCACUUGAGAUUGUUGGACCAAAUAUGAUGAACCCAUUGGAUUCAGCUACUUUGAUGCUAUACAUGAUCCAAGGUGGAAUAACACCAGAUGGACAAUCAUACAUGACUGACCUCUUGUCACGUCAGACCUUCUCAGAGUACACUUCAUUUGGAUUUGGCCUGCCACCUGGAACCGUGCUUCACUCGAUCAUUGGCACAAGCGAUACUGAUGUCAAUGAGAUCGCCCAUAUCAUCUUGCCCAAUGGCCGUCAGCUCAUCAUGUCGGCAUUCACCGACGGUUACGAGAACUUUGGCACACCACCAUACCAAUCAUCCAUACUGGGCAUGUUUGCUUCGAGACUUAUUCACGGCAUGAACUUGACCAAGGGUGACCCAACCAUGAUCAUCAUGGACAGCUCACAGACUGUGGUGGUGCCAGAAGGAGGAUGGAAGACUGCACAAUCUAAACAGGCGUACAACAAUACCUACCUCUACAUUGAUGGAGGUGGUGUCGUGCCAUUUGUCGUCAUGUGGAACUUCCCCAUCAACACGACGGGCCUCUACGAAGUGUGUGUCUGGUUCCCUGCAGCCACCAACCAAACGACUACAGCAAUCUACACGGUCACCACCGGUGAUGAGUCCUAUCUUACCUACCAAUUCAUCAUUGACCAACAACACUAUGGCGCCAGAUGGAUAUUGCUAGACUCUUUCUACUUUGUCGCUGGAACAACGCCAGUGAUCCACAUCUCAUCACUGGGCACACCAAAAGGGCAAGUGAUCGUAGCCGACGCUGUCAAGCUCACAAUGUGGCCAACCACCGAUGGCAUUCCAGGUUUGGCAGAGAACUAUGUAUCUGAGAACUAUAACUAU